UGUAUGAAGCAGCAUGAUGUAAAUUUAUCAAAACAUCAACAACUUCAGUACCUUUAUUUGGAUAAUACUGUAAGUGUGAUAGAUGCUGAUACUACAAAAAUUGAAAUAUUUAUUUUUGGAACUUUGAAAAAUAGUAAUUAUGAGAAAAUAUUUGAUAUUAUUAGAAAAUCUAACAAAUUAAAAGAACUUGAAUUGUAUGCAGAUGAUAACAAUAAAUCUCAAUCAUAUCAUACCAACAUAACAAAGAGUCUAGUCACAGUAUUACCAUUGUUACACAAUCUCAGUGAGCUUGAGUUACAGUGUUGUAGGUUAACUGACAAUAUAAUACAGUUACCUUUAGAGAUGAAGAGUUUAAAGAACAUUAAGCUGGAUCGUGAAAUAAUGAGUUUGACAACAUGGCAGAAGUUUGUUGAUAGUCUUCCUCACAUUCCUCAUACUGUAGAUGUGGAUGUAAGGUUCUGUAAUAUAACAGGAGAUGGUGAGGAGAUUAAUGAUGAUAUGUUAACAUUGGUAUCACAAGGACGUAGAAGAGAGAAGGGAAAUGAUGCUAUACAGUAUUUAAGAGAUCAGGAGCACUUAUUUCAUGUUAAAGACCAGACUUCAGACCACUUUUCUUUCAUAAAUGAAGAAGAGAAAUCUUCUGAAUGGGAUAGAUGCAUCACAAGUGGAAGUGAGACAGCUGCAAAAAUUUUAAUUGAUAGAGAAAUUUUACCAUCUCAAAGAGAGUUGCGCAAGGCUUGUCGUGUAUUUGGAGUAGAUUCACACAUACUUUCUAAAAUGUGCUCUAUGAUUAGCAAACAUAUCAGAAAAAAAUCAGAAAAUGUGAUUGAUGUAUUGCCAUCCUAUCAAAUUGAUCAUGUACUUUCAAGUAGGUAUGUGUCUAUUGUUUUUGUAGUAGUGCUUAAGAAAAAUUCCAGACGUUUGGUAUCCAGAGAUAACUAUGAAUGUUACAUCAAAUGGGAAAAUGCCUACAGUUCUGAAGGAAAACUUGUAGCUGUUAAAGAAAUGGAAUUUGAUACUAGUGACAUUCAAUCUUCUGAUGCCGUUCUGGAAAAUAUUAGAAAAUGUGUAAACAAGAAUGCUGAUGAUCUUCUUCAAAAACAUAGUAAUUUAAAUGUGAUUUUACCAAGUUUGAUGAAGUCAGUAGGUUAUAUGUCAGACAAACAGGAACAUGAAAUUAAGAUUAAACCUUGCAUAGCUCUCUAUGUUUCAGUAAAGGGAUAUAUACCUCUAAAUGAGACACCAUUUGAAAAAGAAAUUGAUGGAUUCCCAACAGAUGUUUUAGAGGGAGAAUUUGAACCAUUUAUAGGAGGACCAAACCAUUACCAUGAACAUCUUAAGAUGGGUGUUGCAAUACAUGCCAAUGUUUCAAUCGGAGAUAAAAUCUUAGGGGGGACUCUUGGAGGAUUUAUAAACCAUUCAGUGCAUGGAUUAUGUGGAAUAACAAGUGCACAUGUUGUUUAUGAUAGUGCUGAAUUAGCAAGGGUGAAAAAUGCUAAAGAAUUAAGUUUAAUAAAGACGGUUUAUCAGCCUAUAAAUGAAUGCAUGUCAGCGUUUGGUGAAGUUGUUCUGGCUAUUUACAAUGAAGGAACUGAGUCUGAAUCUGGAAUGGAAGUUGCUCUUAUAAGCAUUAAAGAUAGGCAACCCAAGGAUGGAAGUUUUCCUGAAGCAUUGAAUGAGUUGGAAGCAGGUGAGCAUUUUUUUAGCUCACCCGAGCCGAAGGCCCAGGGUGAGCUAUUAGUAUCAAAAGGGGAUACUACGGCGUCCGUCGUCAUGCGUCAACACAGUCACCGUCUUCUUCUCUGAAAUACUGGCAGAUUUACUUCAAAUUUGGUCUGUAGCACCCUUGUGACAGUCACACUUGAAUUUGCUCAUGUCAUUUUUUGGCCCAUUUUAGGGGUCAACAGGGCUAGAAAUAGAAAAACCUUUAGACAUCUUCUAUAGAACUAAUUGAUGAAUGAUCACAAAUUUUGUCUGUAGCACUCUUGGGUAGUCUUUUAUCAAUUUUGACCAUACUGAUUUGAUUGGCCCCUUUUAGGGGCCGCUAAAGCUAAAAUAGAAAUACCUUAAAACGUCUAUUUCUAUAGAACUAAUUGAUGGAUGAUCACCAAACUUUGUCCGUAGCAUUGUUAGGUAGUCUUUUAUCAACUUUGCUCAUAUUAAUUUGACUGGCCUCUUUUAGGGGCCACUAAAGCCAAAAAUAUAAAACCUUUGACAUUUCCUACUGAAAUAAUUGAUAGAUGAUCACCAAACAUUGUAGCAU